AACCAAACCGUGGAAGAUACGGCGGGGCGGGCGCUGCCGCUGCCUUUGCUGGCGUUGGCAGUUAGAUGCGAUCGCGGGAGCGUCCGCCACCGCGUCCGCCUCAGGCCGCUGCUCCCCUCCGCGGCUGCCUCUAAUCUCCCUCCAGCACUAGUGGGAAACUAAGGAAUCAUCGGCGCGACGCCUCGGCAGAUUCGUCCGCCCCGAUCCCACCGCCGCCGCCGUCCCGCGCGCGAUGGCGAUGGCGACGCCGUCGUCGGGGCGGAAGAAGGCCCCCAGCCCCCCGAAGCACCGCCACGACGGCACCUCGCCUUUGCCGCUCGGCAUGGACUGGAGCCCUCCCCCGAAGAGAUGGGAGGGAAGGAACACCAUAUGGCCACAUAACCCUCAAACAGGAUGGAGUUACUGUGUAAUGAUACCUUCUUGGAUCACUCAGACACCUGAAGCUGGUGUGACCGCUGACAGCUUUUUGAAAUCUGUCGUUUUUUACAGGAUACAUGUUGGUAUACAAUCUCCAGAAGGCUUUAGCUCAAGCCAUGGAAUUCUCCGAAGGUUUAGUGACUUUUUGAAGUUAUGUUCUGAUCUUAAGAGUGCAUUUCCCAGAAAAGAUGUCCCGUCGGCUCCUCCGAAGCAUGCUUUCUUGAGAAUAAAUACGAGCAGGUUGCUUCUAGAAGAGAGAAGGCAUGCAUUGGAGGAGUGGAUGCAAAAGUUGCUUUCUGACAUUGACUUGUCAAGAAGUGCUCCUGUUGCCGCUUUUCUUGAACUUGAAGCUGCCGCACGUUCAUAUUUCCAAGAACGAAAUGGGCGUCCUUCUGAAGCAGGUUCUUCUGCUAAAAGUAGUACGGACUCUUCUCCGCAUCCUGAUGGACCUGCUUCUGGUUCUCUCACUGAGUCCAAUAAAGUAAAUCAUGCACUUACUCGUGGUAGCAGUCUGACAGGAGCAACUGGCAAUGGUGUGUUGGGAGAAGCUAUCUUAGAUCAGUCCGAUGAGCAUGUUAGUAGUGUCCCGAAUCACAGGAAAGGGAACCUUCUCUUUUUGGAACAUGAUGGUAGAAAUGGUUCGGUAGCGUCUCACAGGCGAGUUGUUUCUGAAGAGGAUCGUGAUUCUAAUCCUGGCCAUGCUCGGAAGGACUCUUCUGAAAGUAUUGGAAGUGAUUUGAGCUCUUUAAGAGGAAGUGAACUAUCUGCUCCAGGUGUUAGUAGUUCCCUAUGGGAUGGUCCUGUGGAUGGACAUAUUAGUCAAACAGAGCAUCUUACUGGUUUAGAUAUGCAGCUUUUGUAUGAUGUGGAUACACAAGUCAUCCUUCCAAAUGAUCAAAAACAGAAGUUGUCUAGACUUUUGAUCACCAUGCAACGAAGAAUAGGGACAGCAAAAACUGAUAUGGGGGAUCUAAUAGCACGACUAAAUCAGGAAGCAGCUGUCAAAGAUUAUCUUACUACAAAGGUUAAAGAUUUGGAGGUUGAAUUGGAAGCAACAAAGCAAAAAGGUCGAGAGACACUACAACAAGCUAUCCUGGCUGAAAGAGAGAGGAUUACUCAGAUGCAAUGGGAUAUGGAUGAGCUCCGCAGGAAGUACUCUGAGAUGGAGUCAAACCUGAAGAUUGAACAAACUGAGAAACCUCAUGCGGAGUCAGAGAUAACAUCUGCUAGUGGUGAAAAUGAAACAUUAAUUGAAGAAUUGGAAAUCAAACGAAAAGAAGUUGAGAGUUUGAAACAGCGUCUUGGAGAAGUUGAGGCAAAGUCUAAAGCAGAUAUAAAGGUUCUUGUCAAAGAGGUCAAGUCUCUUAGAAACUCCCAAAAAGAUAUGAAGAAAGUGCUGAAUCAGUAUCUUGAGGAGAAGACUGAUUUAGAGAGGGUUAUUAAUAGAGAGAAGCAGCGGUCAACACGUAUGAGGUUAUCCCGAGAAAAAUUUCUUCACGAGUGCAGACUGCUGCGUGAGCGUCUACAGGAAUGUAGUGCUAAAUUUCUAGCAGAAGAACAAGACGACUUUACUAUUGAUCCGUCGUCCUUGCCUGAUGCACUAGAUCUUCUGGCAACAUCAGACAACAGAAUACGCCUACUCGUUGCAGAGGCUCAACUUCUAGCACGAGGUGAUGAGCAAGGCUCUUCUGAUGAUGGUGACAAUUCUGAUAGUAGAUCCUCAUUAACUAUGGGCACUGAAGAGGCAAAUGUUACUGAUGAAGAUACAACGAAAAUGCUGUCUGAUCUGCUUAUCGAUAAUGCGCAGCUGAGGAUGCGCCUCAAUGCUGUCAUCCGCAAUGCUGUAAAUACCACUGUGAAGCCAGAGAAAGAAGGCAGUGGCGAAGUUCUCCCUAAGAAGACGGUCCUUAACUGGUUGCUCGACAGAUGAGAAAGCACCGAUGUAUAUUCUUGUGAAUUAGAUCCUCCAAACCUAUGCGGCUUGAUCAAAAUUAUAUGCUGAGCAUUCCUAUAGGGCCAGAGAGUAGCCUCGGGAUAAACAAGGCCUCCAUGCCGAGGGAGCCUGGAAGCUUUGACAUGCUGCUGCACGAUUGUUUAUCUACAUGGAAAUCAUGGAGGAUAGUACAUUUGGUGGGCUUGUCAUAUUGGCGAUCCUGAUGCGAGGAUAGUAAGGUCUGCCCAGCUAUUGAGAAACUCGCAGAUUGAUUGGCCCCCGUUUUUGCAUGAUAUAUAUAUGUAAUUAAUAGCUGGCGGAUACCUGUAUGUACAGAUAUGUUUCUGGCUCUCAGCCCGUGGAUCACCAGCAUGACUAUACACAGUGGCAUCACUCUAGACCAAUCAAUCUCCCAUGGACUUGCCGUUCCAGUGUCAGUUGUGUAUUUCAGUUUGAAGGAAUAUUCCACCAUGUUCUUGUCUUU